UUUAAAGUUCUUUGCAAUCCGCCAAAAACCGAGAGAAGAAGAAGAAGAAGAAGAAGAGUUUUCCACCUGAAGCAGCUCUGUGGUCUUCAUCAGGACCCAGUGUCCCCAGAGCGGACCUGAAGCAGCUCUGUGGUCUUCAUCAGGACCCAGUGUUCCCAGAGAGGACCUGAAGCAGCUCUGUGGUCUUCAUCAGGACCCAGUGUCCCCAGAGCGGACCCGAAGCAGCUCUGUGGUCUUCAUCAGGACCCAGUGUCCCCAGAGAGGACCUGAAGCAGCUCUGUGGUCUUCAUCAGGACCCAGUGUUCCCAGAGAGGACCUGAAGCAGCUCUGUGGUCUUCAUCAGGACCCAGUGUUCCCAGAGAGGACCUGAAGCAGCUCUGUGGUCUUCAUCAGGACCCAGUGUUCCCAGAGAGGACCUGAAGCAGCUCUGUGGUCUUCAUCAGGACCCAGUGUUCCCAGAGAGGUCCUGAAGCAGCUCUGUGGUCUUCUCAGUGUUUCCAGCUUAAAAUAAGCUUUAUGAAUGCAGCCCCAGAGACCCAGCCGGAGAAGGAGAACUGAGAGCAGCAUGGAGGAGAACAAAGAGACCCCUGGAGCUCAGAAACCGAAAGGAAGAGGGAGACGUCACAGCUGUCAGCAAUGUGACAAAUCCUUUACAACAUCUGGAAAUUUAAAGAGCCACCUGCAUAUUCACAUGAGAGAAAAACCGUAUAGCUGUGAAGAGUGUGGGAAAACGUUCACUCAAUCAGGUCAUCUCAAAUCACAUCAACGUAUUCAUACUGGAGAAAAACCGUACAGCUGUGUAGAGUGUGGGACAACUUUCACCAGAUCAGAUGCUCUCAAAUCACAUCAACGUAUUCACACUGGCGAAAAACCGUACUGGUGUGAAGAGUGUGGGACAACUUUCACUACAUUAGGUAGUCUCAAAUCACAUCAACGUAUUCAUACAGGAGAAAAACCUUACAGCUGUGAAGAAUGUGGGAAAACGUUCACUACAUCAAGUGCUCUAAAAAAACAUCACCGUAUUCAUACUGGAGAAAAACCUUACAGCUGUGAAGAGUGUGGGACAACUUUCACUACAUCAGGUGCUCUCACAUCACAUCGCCGUAUUCAUACUGGAGAAAAACCUUACAGCUGUGAAGAAUGUGGGAAAUCGUUCACUACAUCAGGUGCUCUCACAUCACAUCAACGUAUUCACACUGGAGAAAAACCUUACUGCUGUGAAGAGUGUGGGAAAACUUUCACUCAAUCAGGUGCUCUCAAAUCACAUCAACGUAUUCAUACUGGAGAAAAACCUUACAGCUGUGAAGAGUGUGGGACAACUUUCACUACAUCAAGUGAUCUCAAAACACAUCACCGUAUUCAUACUGGAGAAAAGCCGUACUGGUGUGAAGAGUGUGGGAAAACGUUCACUAGAUCAGAUGCUCUCAAAUCACAUCUCCGUAGCCACCUGCUUAUUCACACUGGAGAAAAACCGUAUAGCUGUGUAGAGUGUGGGAAAACUUUCACUCAAUCAAGUGCUCUCAAAACACAUCAACGUAUUCAUACUGGAGAAAAACCUUACAGCUGUGAAGAGUGUGGGUCAACUUUCACUACAUCAAGUUAUCUCAAAACACAUCAACGUAUUCAUACUGGAGAAAAACCUUACAGCUGUGAAGAGUGUGGGAAAACUUUCACUGCAUCAGGUUAUCUCAAAACACAUCAACGUAUUCAUACUGGAGAAAAACCUUACAGGUGUGAAGAGUGUGGGAAAACUUUCACUACAUCAGGUGCUCUCAAAAAUCAUCACCGUAUUCAUACUGGAGAAAAACCGUACUGGUGUGAAGAGUGUGGGACAACUUUCACUCAAUCAGGUGCUCUCAAAUCACAUCAACAUAUUCAUACUGGAGAAAAACCUUACAGCUGUGAAGAGUGUGGGACAACUUUCACUACAUCAAGUGAUCUCAAAUCACAUCAACGUAUUCAUACUGGAGAAAAACCUUACAGCUGUGAAGAGUGUGGGAAAACUUUCACUCAAUUAGGUCAUCUCAAAUCACAUCACCGUAUUCAUACUGGAGAAAAACCGUACUGCUGUCAGCAAUGUGACAAAUCCUUCACAACAUCUGUAAAUUUAAAGAGCCACCUGCAUAUUCACACUGGAGAAAAACCGUACUGGUGUGAAGAAUGUGGGAAAACGUUCACUACAUCAGAUGCUCUCAAAAUACAUCAACGUAUUCAUACUGGAGAAAAACCGUACAGCUGUGAAGAGUGUGGGAAAACGUUCACUACAUCAAGUGCUCUCAAAACACAUCAACGUAUUCAUACUGGAGAAAAACCGUACAGUUGUGAAGAGUGUGGGACAACUUUCACUACAUCAGGUGCUCUCACAUCACAUCACCGUAUUCAUACUGGAGAAAAACCUUACAGCUGUGAAGAGUGUGGGACAACUUUCACUACAUCAGGUGCUCUCACAUCACAUCACCGUAUUCAUACUGGAGAAAAACCGUACUGGUGUGAAGAGUGUGGAACAACUUUCAUUCAAUCAGGUGCUCUCAAAUCACAUCAACGUAUUCACACUGGAGAAAAACCGUACAACUGUGAAGAGUGUGGGAAAACGUUUACUAAAUCAAGUGAUCUCAAAACACAUCAACGUAUUCACACUGGAGAAAAACCGUACAGCUGUGAAGAGUGUGGGAAAACGUUCACCUCAUCAAGUAAUCUCAAAAAACAUCACCGUAUUCACACUGGAGAAAAACCGUACUGGUGUGAAGAAUGUGGGAAAACUUUUACUACAUCAAGUAAUCUCAAAAAACAUCACCGUAUUCAUACUGGAGAAAAACCGUACUGGUGUGAAGAAUGUGAGAAAACGUUCACUACAUCAGAUGCUCUCAAAUCACAUCAACGUAUUCAUACUGGAGAAAAACCGUACAGCUGUGAAGAGUGUGGGAAAACGUUCACUAUAUCAAGUGCUCUCAAAAAACAUCACCGUAUUCAUACUGGAGAAAAACCUUACAGCUGUGAAGAGUGUGGGACAACUUUCACUACAUCAGGUGCUCUCACAUCACAUCACCGUAUUCACACUGGAGAAAAACCAUACAGCUGUGAAGAGUGUGGGACAACUUUCACUUCAUCAAGUAAUCUCAAAAAACAUCAACGUAUUCACACUGGAGAAAAACCGUACUGGUGUGAAGAAUGUGGGAAAACGUUUACUUCAUCAAGUAAUCUAAAAAAACAUCACCGUAUUCACACUGGAGAAAAACCGUACUGGUGUGAAGAAUGUGGGAAAACGUUCACUACAUCAGAUGCUCUCAAAUCACAUCAACGUAUUCAUACUGGAGAAAAACCGUACAGCUGUGAGGAGUGUGGGAAAACUUUCACUACAUCAAGUGCUCUCAAAAAACAUAACCAUAUUCACACUGGAGAAAAACCGUACUGGUGUGAAGAGUGUGGGAAAACGUUCACUACAUCAACUCAUCUCAAAUCACAUCUUCGUAGCCACCUGCUUAUUCACACAGGAGAAAAACCGUAUAGCUGUGAAGAGUGUGGGACAACUUUCACCAGAUCAGAUACUCUCAAAUCACAUCAACUUAUUCAUACUGGAGAAAAACCUUACAGCUGUGAAGAGUGUGGGACAACUUUCAACAGAUCAGAUUCUCUCAAAUCACAUCAACGUAUUCAUACUGGAGAAAAACCGUACAGCUGUGAAGAGUGUGGGACAACUUUCACUACAUCAGGUGCUCUCAAAAUACAUCACCGUAUUCACACUGGAGAAAAACCAUACUGGUGUGAAGAGUGUGGGACAACUUUCACUACAUCAGGUGCUCUCACAAAACAUCACCGUAUUCACACUGGAGAAAAACCGUACAGCUGUGAAGAGUGUGGGACACCUUUCACUACAUCAGGUGCUCUCAAAAUACAUCACCGUAUUCAUACUGGAGAAAACCUGUACAGCUGUGAAAAGUGUGGGAAAACUUUCACUACAUCAGGUGCUCUCAAAAAACAUCAACGUAUUCAUACUGGAGAAAAACCGUACAGCUGUGUAAAGUGUGGGACAACUUUCACUACAUCAGGUGCUCUAAAAAAACAUCAACGUAUUCAUACUGGAGAAAAACCGUACAGCUGUGUAAAGUGUGGGACAACUUUCACUACAUCAGGUGCUCUCAAAACACAUCACCGUAUUCACACUGGAGAAAAACCGUACUGUUGUGAAGAGUGUGGGAAAACGUUCACUAUAUCAGAUCAUCUAAAAAAACAUCACCGUAUUCACACUGGAGAAAAACCAUACAGCUGUGAAGAGUGUGGGACAACUUUCACUACAUCAGGUCAGCUCAAAUCACAUCAACGUAUUCAUACUGGAGAAAAACCAUACAGCUGUGAAGAGUGUGGGACAACUUUCACUACAUCAAGUCAUCUCAAAUCACAUCAACGUAUUCAUACUGGAGAAAAACCGUACAGCUGUGAAGAGUGUGGGACAACUUUCACCAGAUCAGACACUCUCAAAUCACAUCAACGUAUUCAUACUGGAGAAAAACCUUACAGCUGUGAAGAGUGUGGGACAACUUUCACUACAUCAAGUGAUCUCAAAAAACAUCACCGUAUUCACACUGGAGAAAAACCGUACUGGUGUGAAGAGUGUGGGAAAACGUUCACCAGAUCAGAUGCUCUCAAAUCACAUCUUCGUGUUCACACACUCUUAAAACCAUAGUGGUGUUAAGAGUGUGGGAACACUUUUUCUUAAAGUAUUCACCUUAGUGUGUGUGUGUGUGUGUGUGUGUGUGGUGGCAGCAGCACAUAUCAGACCCGUGCCGGGGGGCGGGGCCACAUGACCAGGCCCUUUAAACCCAAUAAAGCUUGACAUUAUAUCGGGAGUCCGGGGUGGUAAUCUGACGCUCAUGCGUAAAAAGUCGUUCAGUCAAGAUUACAAUUUAAAACAACGUUUGAAAUAAAAGUAACCAAAGAAAA